AUGCAAGAUGCCCUGGCAGACGAACUAUCCAUACCUAUCCGUUAUGCGGUUUCGAAUUGGUCAUCUGUCCGUGAAUUGGUGCGUAAUUCGUCCUCCCGGGUCGACUACUGGAGCAUAUCAUCACGGAGAGACGCCAAUGAGGUGAUCCAUCUAUUAGUUGCAUCCCCUGUUUCCCUUAUUGAUGGAUGGAGCCAACCUUCUGCUUUGACGCCGCCACCUUCUAACGAUUGGCAUGGGCGUAACCUUAAUGUUAAACAGGAUCCUCGGUGGAACCCGGAGACGGUACGGAAAUACGUACGGAGUUUCAAGGACAAUGUUCUCAGCCUUUAUCCCCUUAUCGUCCCUGCGGAGCUUGAUAUCAUGGUCGCGGAAUUUCUAUACGAGCGAUUUUAUAUAGACAUCUAUAGUCGGGUUAUCCCUCCUCUUGAGGCUUAA